CCUUCCCCAAAGACCGCUUAACAAUUUGCUCAAUACAGUAUACGCAAGGAACAAUGCCAGGUGCGCAGUACUAUGAUGGUAAAAAGUUGAAUAUUCGUAUAUCAACAGAAGCUGGAAUCGAACUCUAUGAACGAUGGGUUUAUCAGGGAAUCAGCAGUAUCAUGUCCGCUAUUGCUAAGAGACACGCUGAAACCCUCAAUGAAUAUCACCGCAACAAACUGUACAAAUGCUCACGGAAUGCCCAAAACAUCGUUGAGCAAGCUCGUUGUGUGGUUCAAGCUAUCGAUGCCAAAUCUGCUCAUUAUUCACGCUGUUCAACUGGUUUGUUUUUUUCUACGGCUGUGACUUUAGUAAUAAGAAAUUUUGUGUUAAAAAAUCUGCCUACAAAUCCACAGUAAUA